AUGGUUACUGAGGCUGAGAUCAGGGUUCUUGACGUUAAGUGCCAUAUCUCCGCUGCUAAAGAUCAGAAGAAUUUUCAUAUCGACGAAGUUCGUGUUUCUGAGUCUGUCUGUGCUGAGAUUUCCGGUUCUGCUGAAACGCCUAGAUUCAGAUCGAAAUAUCCCUUGAAAUGGAUCAUGUUAGUCUUCCUCAUAAUUGAGGCUUAUAUUAGUGAAUCAACCAGUGAGUUUAUCGCAACUAUACGUUCAGGGAGCUUUGCUGACAUUCGAAGCCAAGAAACAAUGGAGGAUGAACACAUUUGCAUAGAUGACUUGUCAGCUCAUCUUGGAUCCUUUAACCUCUCGGUACCAAGUGCUUUUUAUGGCGUGUUUGAUGGACAUGGUGGACCUGAGGCAGCACUUUUCAUGAAGGAGAACUUAACAAGAUUGUUUUUUCAAGAUGUUGUAUUUUCAGAGAUGCCCUCCAUUGUCGUCCGUAAGAAUUAUCAAAAAACUUAA